ACACGUGACUACUACAACUCAACCAUAACAAUUUGUUCGACAGUAACGUGUGAAGAGUCCUGCUGGGCAUUUCGGACAUUUCCUCAGAUACCAGAAUAGCUCGGAUUCUUCCGGAAACAAAAGCUGCAGGCCUGGUUCCCGGUGUGUGACGAGUCUGCUGUCCGGUAUGGAGGCUCUGCUGAAGCGGGAGUUAGGCACCUCCACUCUGAAAGCCGCCGGACACGCGGGGGGAGGCUGCAUCAGCGACGGCCUCAGCUACGACACUGACUCGGGCAGAGUGUUCGUCAAGAUAAACCAUAAGAGCCAGGCCAGAAAGAUGUUUGAUGGAGAGAAAGCGAGCUUGGAAGCCAUCUUGGCUACAAAUACAGUUAAAGUCCCAAGACCAGUGAAGGUUGUUGAUCUGGAAGGAGGUGGAGCUGUGUUCAUUAUGGAGCACAUAGACAUGAGAUCCCUGAAUAGGUACUCUGCUCGUUUGGGGGAGCAGCUAGCUGACCUGCACCUACAUAAUAAAAGACAGAAAGAGAAACAGAACAAGGCUGAGCAGACUGUUGGAAAAGGCCAAAGUGACAUUCCUGUCAUUGACAAGUUUGGGUUCCAUACAGAAACAUGCUGCGGCUACUUGCCUCAGGUGAAUGAUUGGCAGGCUGACUGGGUGUCAUUUUAUACCCAGCAAAGACUUCAGCACCAGCUUGGCUUAGUGGAGCAGUCUUAUGGGGACAGAGAAGUCAGGGAAUUGUGGGCCAGCCUCCAGCUGAAGAUCCCUCAACUGUUUGCUGGUAUAGAGGUGGAGCCAGCGCUGCUUCAUGGGGACCUGUGGAGCGGUAACGUGGCCGAGUGCUCGGACGGCCCAAUCAUCUUUGACCCUUCUUCAUUUUACGGCCAUUCAGAAUUUGAGCUAGCUAUUGCAGGAAUGUUCGGCGGCUUCGGUAAACACUUUUACAAUGCCUACCAUGAGAAGAUCCCAAAGGCCCCGGGGUUUGAAAAGAGGCUACAGCUGUACCAGCUCUUCCACUACCUUAACCACUGGAAUCACUUUGGCAGCAGUUACAGGGGCUCCUCACUACGGAUCAUGAAAGAUCUUUCCAAGUAGACGCGACUUGAUUUCCAGUACUGAUAGUCAGUUUUGUUGCUAUUGAUUCUGCUUGCUCUUCUAACUUCUGAAUGCUAUAGAAUUUUUUUUGCUAAAUAUCUAGCAAUAACAUUUAGUUUGUCAUUGAUCGUCUUUAAUUGACAUUUGUCUUUUUUCCAUUUUUAAUUAAACAGGGUAACACUGGUUAGUUUAAAGACACUUUAGUUCAUGUACUGAUUUGAUCUUCAAGGAAUAAGAUGCCGUGUUAACAUACAGUAACAUUUACUUUCAUGAUUUUUGGGGCUACAUGCUAGAUCAUACACAAUAGUUUUGUAAAGCCAAGCUGACAUCAAAUCACAACUGCUUUGCUAAAAACAUUUACAGGUAAAGGAUUAUAGGAUUUUUAAAUUUAAAUUUAUAUACAGUACUGUGCAAAAGUUUUAGGUGUUCUGAUUCCCAUCAGGCAAAGGGGGAAGAAAAGGGUUAAAAAAAUUAAAUUACUACAUUAACAAAACAUAAUUCCUUGUUCUUUUUCCUGGCAGCAGUAUCUCAAACUUACUUGGUAUCUCAGACCCCCCCCCAGUAUAUUGGCUUACUAUGCUAAAAUCAUGAUUUUUCUUAAAUUUGUAAUUUCUGUGCUGAAAUAACUUCUCUAUUUUCCUUCCUUUUAC